AUGGGACUUCUCACAAUAUUAAAGAAAAUGAAACAGAAGGAGAAGGAGGUCCGGAUAUUAAUGCUAGGACUGGAUAAUGCAGGCAAAACAACUAUUUUGAAAAAAUUUAAUGGUGAAGAUAUUGACACAAUUUCACCAACCUUGGGGUUCAACAUUAAAACUUUGGAGCAUAGAGGGUUUAAGUUAAACAUCUGGGAUGUUGGAGGACAGAAGUCACUGCGUUCAUACUGGAGAAAUUAUUUUGAGAGUACAGAUGCUUUGAUUUGGGUAGUGGACAGUGCUGACCGCAUGAGAUUGAAUGAUUGUAAGAAGGAGCUGCACAGUCUGCUGGUGGAAGAAAGACUUGCUGGAGCCACUCUUUUAGUUUUUGCUAAUAAACAAGAUCUUCCUGGAUCGUUGCCAGCAAGGGAAAUUAGAGAGGCUUUAGAUCUGGAUUCCAUUAAAACACAUCACUGGCUGAUUCAGGAUUGCAGUGCCGUGACGGGUGAAAAUCUGCUGAAUGGGAUGGAUUGGGUUGUCAGUGAUAUUGCAUCCAGGAUAUUUACAAUGGGUUGA